AUGUAUGAUGUGGUUUGGGUGGACUUUCCCUGUGAAGCCUUCAAGCCUUCUCAGAGGCCGGGCAAAAUCUCGACGUGGUGGCAUCAGUUCCUGAAGCUUCGGCAACAGAAGGGCUUGGAGGCUGCGGCCACUGACAAACCAGUGAUUGUGCUGCCGAAGCUGAACCAUUCGGACUUCUGUCCCGGCUUUGAUGUGCCCGGGGACCUUCCUGCAGAGGUGGGACAGCAGGAGGCGACGCGCACCAUUGGUGAGACAGUCUCCGCUUUUGUGGCACUCCAUUGGAAGGGAGCAGAAGCAAAGAAAGCUUCAGCCCUUGAGCUCCUGAAGAGCCAGCUGGCGUGGACGGAAGGUCUUUUGAGUCCCUACCUCGAGGCACAAGACUUGGAGAGGACGGCAGCGGACCACAACGUAAGCUCAGAAGGCUCGAGCCCUUUCUGCAGCCGGGCUCAACAUGUCCUGGCCGGCCUCAGUGCAGCGGACGCCCAGCGGUUGCAGGUCCAAGACGGCUUCCACAUCACGUCUCCCAAUCUGGAGCACUGCCAUCCGACGUGGACUGUGGACGGGAAGAAGCUUCUGGUCCGAUCGUGCAGCCACACGAACUACUAUCCCGACAUCAGCAACACCGGCAAAAUCACGGCGGCCGAGGAGAUAGGUUGCAAGUUGCUGUCGGCAGAGCGUGUUGCCCAGCAGCUCCAGACGCACGCUGAGCAUCAACGGUUACCCUGCGCCGCCAUGAACCGAGUCGCCGUGCAAGUAGCCGAACAGCUCGCAGCUGAGAGCACGCUGCGGCGAUAUCGCGAGAAGGGCCGUGGCUGGUGCUUCCUGGAUGACUCGCCAUCUGUGGCCGGACCUGUCUGGGUCUUCAAGGAUCGGCUCGCCCUCAAGGAGAACAGCACAUGUAUGGCAGUGCAAUCACCGUCCAUGCUGACCGAUGUCAAUGCAAGGAUAUAUCCUGGCAUCCACUACUGCAAGCUUCUGUCACCUGCUCGGGUGUUGGACUGGAUGAUGACGGACAGCCUAAAACCAGGCAGUCAAAGCGACCUCUCCAUCAUCGUUUGA